CUUCGCACUGGCGUCGACUAUGCUGGCCCUUUUUUGAUGAAGGCUCACAAAGGUCGCAAUGCUGCUCCAAUCAAAGGUUAUAUCGCUGUUUUUGUCUGCCUUGCUACACGCGCAAUGCAUCUUGAAGUUGUCUCAGAUCUGACUACAGACGCUUUCAUAGCAGCUCUAAAAAGAUUUGUCUCCCGCAGAGGUUUGCCAUCCGAUAUGCACAGCGAUAAUGGCACAAACUUUAUUGGCGCCAACCGCGAACUAAUGAAGAGUUUCAAACAGAUGUCCAAAUCUCGAGAUGUCGGGUCAUAUAUGGCCACUUCAUUCAUCAACUGGCAUCUAAUCCCACCAGGUGCACCACAUUUCGGCGGAAUUUGGGAGUCCGCAGUUAAAGCAACGAAAUUUCACCUCCGACGUGUUUUAGGCGAAACUAGGCUCACUUACGAAGAAUUUGCUACCUUACUUUGUGAAAUCUAGGCACAACUCAAUUCUCGGCCUCUCACAGUUCUUUAUGAUGACGACGUUGACAAUAUCAAUGUCUUAACACCGGGUCAUUUUUUAAUUGGCCAACCACUGGUACAAGUAGCUGA